AUGCUGGAGAGGUCUGGCAUACAGUGUGAAGGUGGCUGUACGGAUGUUAAGGGAUGCUGGAGAGGUCUGGCUCACAGUGUGACGGUGUCUGUACCGGAUGUUAAGGGAUGCUGGAGAGGUCUGGCUCACAGUGUGACGGUGUCUGUACCGGAUGUUAAGGGAUGCUGGAGAGGUCUGGCUCGCAGUGUGGCUGUACCGGAUGUUAAGGGAUGCUGGAGAGGUCUGGCUCACAGUGUGGCUGUACCAGAUGUUAAGGGAUGUUGGAGAGGUCUGGCUCACAGUGUGACGGUGUCUGUACCGGAUGUUAAGGGAUGCUGGAGAGGUCUGGCUCACAGUGUGGCUGUACCGGAUGUUAAGGGAUGCUGGAGAGGUCUGGCUCACAGUGUGGCUGUACCGGAUGUUAAGGGAUGCUGGAGAGGUCUGGCUCACAGUGUGGCUGUACCGGAUGUUAAGGGAUGCUGGAGAGCACGUGAGCAGGCCGCACUUACAGCACGUGAGCAGGCCGCACUUACAGCACGUGAGCAAGCCGCACUUACAGCACGUGAGCAGGCCGCACUUACAGCACGUGAGCAGGCCGCACUUACAGCACGUGAGCAGGCCGCACUUACAGCAAGUGAGCAGGCCGCACUUACAGCACGUGAGCAGGCCGCACUUACAGCAAGUGAGCAGGCCGCACUUACAGCACGUGAGCAGGCCGCACUUACAGAUAAGUCAUGA